AUGUCGGAGGCGGCGGUGGCGGAUACCCGGCGCUUGAACGCCAAGCCGCAGGACCUGACGGACGCGUAUGGGCCACCCAGCAACUUCCUCGAGAUCGACAUCUUCAACCCACAGACUGUGGGCAUGGGUCGUGCUAGAUACACCAGCUACGAGCUCCGGAUGCGGACAAACCUUCCGAUCUUCAAACUGAAGGAGUCGUGUGUGAGGAGGCGAUACAGUGACUUUGAGUGGCUGAAGAAUGAGCUGGAACGAGACAGUAAGAUUGUAGUGCCACCACUGCCUGGAAAAGCUUUGAAACGACAGCUGCCCUUCCGAGGAGAUGAAGGCAUCUUUGAGGAGUCCUUCAUUGAGGAGCGGAGACAGGGACUAGAACAGUUUAUUAACAAGAUUGCUGGACACCCCCUGGCACAGAACGAGCGCUGCUUACACAUGUUCCUGCAGGAGGAAACUAUUGAUAGGAACUACGUCCCCGGGAAAGUGCGCCAGUAGGAGCACCUGGCACUGUCUUCCUCCAUUCCACCCUCCCUCCUGCAAAAAUGACAUUUAUUUUUACACUAAAUCUGUCUUCUCUGAACCAGCUUUUCCUCUCUUGAACCUCCCAGUUUGUUGAGCAUUUUCCUCUUCUAUACCUGGCAGCAGCUUGUUCUACUGGGCUGUGGUCUUGGCCUAAAGGUAUGAAAAUGUAGGCGAGUGAGCAUGUUGUCCCACACCUGGAGGAAGAUGUGAGUAGGUGUGGAGCAGGAACUUGCUUACGGCAUUAUGGUGUAGGAGCUGCCUCUCUCCCUGUACAGGAAGGUAUGAGAUGACCUUCACUCCCCUGUCUGUGCAGCCCCAAGCAUCUCUGCAGGAGACUUGGAAGAAUAGCAGUUGUCAUGUUGGUCAGUGAUCGCAUCAGGUAUUAGAGUUUUAGUAAGGCUUAUCCAAAACAGUGAGUAGGUGCCUGGGUGUGUUGGUCUCUCAUCCACCCCAUUCACCCUGCAUGAAACUCUCAUUCUUCAUUGUCUGGAAGUGCUGAAACCUAAGACCUACUCUAACCUUGCUCUCAGCCUCCUGCAUUACAGACCCAUUUGGUGUAUUUGUGUUAAUCCCCCUCCGUUCUGAUGUGCUGCUGGCAGCUCAAGGGGUUCCCCCGAUGUAUGCGCUCAUGAUGCUCUGAAAGGGCAGUUUGGCAAGUGGGGUCUUGGCCAGGCUGGGCUGCAGCAGUGUGUGCUGCGACGCCUCUGCCCAAGAUUUGAAUCCUAGCACAGCCUGCUUCGCUCUGGAGUAGUGUGGUGGUGUCUCCAGCAGCUGCCGGCUUAGCUGAGCUGUGGUGAUCUACUCCUGCAUCCCAGCUGCAGAGGGGAGGAAACAGGUCUGGCUGAGGAGGAGCAGGAGAGGACUGGUGAGGGCUGUUGCAGUGUGUGGCUGUGAUGGCUGUUACCAGAGGAGCCCAGCAGUGGGGCCUGGGAUGAGGCCACCUCUCCAGAAAAGGGACAGCAGAAAAUGGUGAGUCAGUCCUGCCUUAGGCGUUUGUUUUAUGAAGCAGAAGUAGCAGCAGCUCUUUGUGUACUCUCCCCUGUUCUGCAGUGAGCCAGGCAGUUACUUGUGUGGAAGUGAGUACCCAAGGCUGGUCAGGGAGGUGCUCAGACCUUGAGGAGGACCACGAGGCUGUGACUUGCUGCAGCAGAACUAUCCUUUGGAGGCUCCUUCAGCUGCCACGGCUGCAAUGAGUGAAGUUGGGCCUCCGCUCAGGAGCUUCUCAGGUCAAGGCUGGCUGGUUUAUAAAGCACUUGAUCACUUUACAGUGGCACAGCUGAACCUUUUUUUUUGAGAUAGAUCUGCAGUGACUGCCUUCCUGUCCCUGCCAAAUGCAACCCCUAAGGUCUCCCGAGUUUGCUGGUGAGGAACUCGUGUGAGAGGCAGCUCGCAGGGAGGGGGACAAGUCGCUGAGACCGGGAGGGAACUGCUCUGGGGGCUGGCUCGGCCCAGGAAGGGCUGUGAGGCAGUGCGGAAGCAGAUGCCGGUGAAGGCGGCCGUGCUUGCCUCUGAGGCUGCCCUCGUUCCCGUCGUGUCGAUGCCGGCCCACGCUUGGGGUGGCCCUUUUCUCCUGCC